AUGGAGGUGGCCCGCUGCGGCCUACAGGGGGAUGGGGAUGGGGGGAGGUGGCCGCUCUCCUCGCCUCUACGCCGGGGCGCUGAGCCACCGAUCGCCCGCUCCCCCCCCCUUAGGACCGGUGGGGGUGAUCCCAGUCCAACCCUGCCAGACACAGGAGCCACAGCUGACACGGAUGGCGGAGCCCUACAGGCUACCCCCAGCUCCUCAGGCCCACACAAUGGUGGACACCACGUGUGGCCAUGACGGCUGCGGAGGGGAGACUGUCAUUGUCAUGACAAGACUGACCGCAAUCCUCAACGCCUUUUUGGCGAAACUAGAAACCAGAGAGCGACAGGCAAAAGCUUUCACAAGGUAA